ACCAAGCUUUAGAUUCAAAUACUUCACCUUAAGAAUCAUCCAAGCUUCUUCUACUACCUCCUGCAACUCGUUGAGAUCUUCACCUUGGAUCCUACCUUCCUCUGUAAAAUCCCUCUCUUCUCUCUCUUUCACUCUCUGCUAGUUUUUAGUGUUUGUACUAAAAAGCUGCUCUUCCUGUUUUAAAUGCCUCUCUGUUUCUUUUCCAGCUUUUCACAACCUCUGCUUCCUCUCAUUAUUUCAUUUCCCUUUACUUAAACCUGUAUAUCAUUGUUCUUUUCUAUUUUUAAAUUUCAAAACAAUAUGGGUUCUAUUUCUACUAUCACUUUCUCUCGUCAAAAACCUUUUUUGAUUGAGAACAGGCCAGUGAUGCUCAAGGAUUACCUCAGGGAUGAUCUCAGCUCCUGUUCUUCCAAUGGCUUCAAAUCUUUUCCCCGCCGACAAUGCUGCACCACCGUCCGAUUUCUACUCGAGAUCGAUCUCAAUACCAAACCCAACCCCAAACAUACACGUCAACAGUUUUUCAAAAGAAGCAGAUCAUCUAAAGCAGCUUCUACAACAAUCUCUGCUCUUCAAAAGGCAUCGGAGGCCGUUAUUAAAGCUGUUAAGCUGCUUCCGAUUCCUUCCUCCUUCAUCAAGUCUUCAUCUCCGUUCGUACACAACAGAAGUAGAAAAGGAGGACUUCUUCUGCCCCGAAGCCUUUCGCGGAAGCUAUUCAAGAAAAGCUUCUGGAGGAAGGCUGAUCACAGAGAAAGAGAAGGCAGCGAGAUCAGACGGUGGAGAACUUUCCGUGAGUUCCUUGAGGAAGUAGAUAAACCGUCAGAUCACAACACAAAUCAAAACUCCACCUCACUCGUUACAACCGCAUUAACCAACGGCAGACUCUCAACGAGUUCAGGCAGUAACAGUGAGAGUUGGACUGAUAGCGAAUCUACUGCUCAGAGCGGUAAUUCAGAGAGUUACAGCAACCAAAACGCCGCCGCAAGAGGCCAAAAAGAUUUACCCAGCAAGAAGAAAGUCAGCGAGGUAGAAGGCGUAACGGUCGGUGAAGAUUCCAUCGCCUUCUCGGUGGAAAAAAACACAAAGCAGGAGUGGCCCAAUGAGGAGAACAAAGAGCAAUUUAGUCCAGUGUCAGUGCUGGACUGUCCAUUCCAAGAUGAAGAAGAUAUUAGCCCUCCUUUCCAGCGUAGUCUUGUCCGGAUGGAGGGAGCUAAACUGAGAUUUAGGGCAAAUAUCAUAAGGUUUGAGAAGCUUGCUCAGUUAGAUCCACUCAACUUGGAAAAGCAAAUGGAAUUGGCAGGGUUAGAGGAUGAAACCCUUAAAUCUCCUAUAAAAGCUCGUUCAUCGUCCUUCCACAACAACAUGUUCAGUGACAUUAAAGAAGACAAAAGUGCUUACGAGCUUCUUAAGCUCGUCAAGGCAACAAUACCAUCGAAUCAUCGCCUGAUAUCAGAGGCAGACAGUAUAUUGCUAGACUUCUUCAGAGAGAAAAUUAUGGAAAACAAAGCAAGUGUUAGCAUGGUAGAAGGACAAAAUAAAGACUUGGAGAAAGAGUUAGAGGUAGCACAAGAUUGGAUAAAUGGGCAUCCACAAGAAAUGUUUUUGGGGUGGGAGGUGAAGGAUUCCAGGGUUGUCUACCUUAGAGAAAUGGAGAGGAAAGGGAACUGGAGAAAUUUUGAUGAAGAAAAAGAAGAGAUGAUUUUAGAGUUGGAGAUUGAGAUCUUUACUUCUUUGAUGAACGAAGUCAUACUUGAUCUCCUCAGGUAAUUUAUCUGAUUAUUAGUACAACAAAUAUGGAUUAACUCAAGGUUGUUUUACUCAUUUGGAGGCAGGCCAUUUAGCUUGAAUGAUUAAAGCCACCUUGAAGCAUGAAUACACUUUGGGAUUGUGAAAUUUUAAAAUUUGAAAAAUCAUAUGAAUAUCUCUUGUAUUGA